AUCAUACAUACUUCGUAUGUUUUUAUGCAUUUGGAAAGCCUUUGAAGCUCUCCUCCUAUCAGUUAAUCUGAUAAUGGAUACUAAUUCAAGAAACUGGAGAUGGGCAAGAAAGGCCCAAUUGCUUAUUGCUUCUGCUCUUCUCUUACUGCAAGACUCUCUGGUCAACUCUGCUGAAGCAAGCUCUGUGCACAUUGUAUACAUGGGAGAUAAGAUAUAUCAAAAUCCACAAACUACUAAAAUGUAUCACCACAAAAUGUUAUCAUCACUCCUAGGAAGCAAAGAAGCUGCAAAGAAUUCAAUUCUUUACAGCUAUAAGCAUGGUUUUUCAGGGUUUGCUGCAAGAUUGACAAAAUAUCAAGCAGAAGCAAUAGCAAAGUUUCCUGGUGUAGUGUCUGUCAUUCCAAAUGGCAUUCAUAAACUUCAUACUACCAGAAGCUGGGACUUUAUGGGGGUCCAUCAUUCCACUUCAAAAAUUGCUUUCUCUGACAGCAACUUAGGUGAAGGAACCAUCAUAGGUGUCAUAGACACAGGCAUUUGGCCAGAGUCACCAAGUUUCAAUGAUGAAGCAAUGGGACAAAUCCCAUCAAGGUGGAAAGGAAUUUGUCAAGGGGGAAAGCACUUCAACUCCACCAAUUGCAACAAGAAGAUAAUAGGUGCUAGAUGGUUCAUGAAAGGAAUAAGUGAUCAGACUAAGAAACUCCUCCAAGGAAACAACUCUGAUGAAUAUCUCUCGGCAAGAGAUGCCAUUGGCCAUGGCACUCACACAGCUUCCACAGCAGCAGGUUACUUUGUAGGAAAUGCAAAUUAUAGGGGACUUGCUUCUGGUUUAGCCAGAGGAGGAGCACCCUUGGCACACUUAGCUAUCUACAAGGCUUGUUGGGACUUUCCAAUUGGAGAUUGCACUGAUGCUGAUAUCCUCAAAGCUUUUGACAAGGCUAUACAUGAUGGAGUUGAUGUCUUAACUGUUUCUCUUGGCUUUGCCAUUCCUCUGUUCUCCUAUGUUGAUCAACGUGAUUCAUUAGCAAUUGGUUCUUUUCAUGCAACUUCUAAGGGGAUCACAGUCGUUUGCUCUGCCGGAAAUUCUGGUCCUGUCUCUCAAACCGUUACAAAUACUGCACCAUGGAUCAUCACAGUUGGAGCUACCACCAUAGAUAGGGCCUUUCCAGCAGCCAUCACCCUUGGAAAUAACCGCACUGUGUGGGGACAGUCCAUUGAUAUGGGAAAACAUAAUCUUGGAUCUGUUGGGCUCACAUAUUCUGAACGCAUAGCUGUAGACCCAUCAGAUAAUUUGGCCAAGGAUUGUCAAUCUGGAAGUCUAAAUGCAACAAUGGCAGCAGGCAAAAUUGUUCUAUGCUUUUCAGUAUCAGAUCAACAGGACAUUGUUUCUGCAUCACUUACAGUGAAGGAAGCUGGAGGAGUUGGACUAGUAUAUGCACAAUAUCAUGAAGAUGGACUCAAUCAAUGUGGUUCAUUUCCAUGUAUCAAGGUAGAUUAUGAAGUGGGGACACAAACACUAACCUAUAUUAGAAGAUCAAGGUUUCCGACAGCAAGCCUAAGUUUUCCAAAGACUGUUAUUGGAAAAUGGACAUCACCACGAGUUGCAUCUUUCUCAUCUAGAGGACCCAGUAGCAUGUCUCCAACAGUGCUAAAGCCUGACAUAGCUGCACCAGGUGUGGACAUUUUGGCUGCAUUUCCACCAAAGGGCACUACAAGGAGUAGUGGAUUUGCAUUCCUAUCUGGAACUUCAAUGUCAUGUCCCCAUGUGGCAGGAAUAGCAGCUCUCAUCAAAUCCAAACACCCAACUUGGUCACCUGCAGCCAUAAGAUCAGCUUUGGUUACAACAGCAUCUCAAACUGGAACUGAUGGAAGCCUUAUAUCUGAAGAGGGUUCCACACAUAAGGCAGCAGACCCGUUUGAUAUUGGGGGUGGACACGUGGACCCCAACAAAGCAAUGGAUCCAGGACUAAUAUAUGAUAUCACCACUGAGGAUUAUGUUCAAUUCCUAUGUUCCAUGGGUCACAGUAGUGCAUCCAUUAGCAAAGUGACCAAGACCACCACAAGUUGUAAGAAAGGAAAACACCAAACACUGAACCUCAACCUUCCUUCCAUAUUAGUUCCAAACCUGAAGAGGGUUGCAACAGUAAUGAGAACAGUGACAAACGUGGGAAAUAUUACUGCAGUCUACAAAGCUCUAGUGAAGGUUCCAUAUGGCAUAAAAGUUAGAGUUGAACCUCAAACUUUGAGUUUCAAUUCAGAUGCACGAAUCCUUAACUUUAGUGUCAGUUUCCUGUCAACUCAAAAGUUUCAUGGAGAUUACAAAUUUGGGAGCCUAACAUGGACAGAUGGCAAGUAUUUUGUGAGGACCCCAAUUGCUGUGAGGACCAUACAGUUUGAAUGAAUAAUAAGCGGAUGUUAUAUGUAGAAAUGAGCUUAAUUGGCCAACAAAAUAUUUAAGUUCUUGUUUGGAGUCAUACUAUAAACAUAGCAUAUUCUUUGGUGAGAACAUGCAGCAUAUUUCUUUGAGGAAAGAGACUCGUUACUCAUGGAAUAUAAUGUUCA